AUGUUUUCAUGGGGUAAAGGUAAACCAUGCGGACAAGGAAGCAAAUUCGUCAGCCAAAUACCAAAGCCAGUGAACAUCGAAGGAAACCCAACAAUUGCCCGUGUUUUCGCAUACAACAACACAUCAUUCUUACUUGAUACGGAUAACCAUCUUUGGGCAGCCGGUAACACCAAAAACGGGCAAGCAGGUCUCGGUCCAUCAAUUAAAGUUACAAACACAUUCUUACGAAUUCCAGAUUUCACCGACAACACUAUUACAUCUGUCUCCGUUGGUGAUGCCAUGUCAUACGUUCUUACAGAACAAGGUGAAGUCUUUUCUACAGGUGAUGGUGACGAUUCACGUUUAAUGCAAGACCACAUUGAUUCAUCAUCAGUUUUCAGUCCAUGUGCUCUUCUUAAACGUAAGCGUGUUUGCUUUAUUUCCGCUGGAUGUUCACAUGUUAUUGUUGCAUCCGGUAUGCGAAGUAUUUUACCACAUCCUAUCCUUGGGUUGAGUUCAGCCACAUCUAGUUACCCUAAAACAUUCACAAGCAUUUCGAAAAACUUCGUUGUCGACAUCAGUGACGCCUCAUUCAAUAUUUUAGGGUACGAACGCGGUGACAUUGUUGAAUUUGACGGAUGUGGCCAAGUUUGUAUCGAAGGCUUGAUAUAUACAAACGAAGUUGCACUUCGUAAAUCUAACGGCGAAAUCAUCACCGCUAACGAGAAAGAAUACUCAAGUUACCACGCUAUUUUUAAACUUGUCUCACGAAAAUCAGGCGGUCCAUUUGUUGAAAAGUACGGUCGCUCAGACAUCAAAUACAUCUUUGACCAGUCACAUGAAAAAUGCCUUUACCGUCACGGUUUUAAUUUAGAAUCCUUGAAAUAUAGAAUUCAACAUGAAGUUUGA